AUGAGGAUGAAUGUCAAAUCCAAUGAGACCAUGCUCUUUGAAGAGGAGGAAGAGGUGGACAAGACAAAUCAGCAGGUUGAAGAGGACAAUGUGUCCAGGAAGAUGGUUACUGUCGACUGGGACCAAUGGGACAGGCUACUGCUGCCCUCACCACUGGACUCUGGUGUGCACAGUCUGGACACAGUGUACGACAGAAUCACCGUGAUGAUUGAACAAGACGCUGUGGGUUCUAGAACUGACAAUAAAGAGGAAGAAGAGGACCUGAUGAUGUACCUACAUGAGGGAUGUGAGACGGAGGGCCGUGGAGGUCUGGAAGACCACUGGGAGGCCAUGUCACAGGGGUACAUCCACCACACCAUCUCCCAGGACCAGAUCCAUUUCACCAUCAACCCUGGUUCCACACCCAUGCCCCGGCACAUCCAGGGGGCCACCAUCACACUGCACUCUGAGUGCCCAGAUAGCCACCACAGCGAGGUAAGGCUUGGCCUUGAUAUCCAAAGACCUGAAGACUUGUGUUAACACCUUGAGUUAAUGCCUGGGCUUUGGCUCAGUGGGCUAAUCCCUGGUUCAACUCCAGUCGAUCACAUAAGCCUGUUUUGAUAUCUGAUCAUGUUCAGUGUUUAUUUGGAUAUGUUGUCAGGAAAACACACUCCUGGUAUUCUGGGUAUUCUGGUUGUGAGGAGGAGAGGCAUCAUUGCUCAUUCACAUACUGUAUAUUCUCUAAUGUCCCGGCCAUGAUGUCCUGAAGGAUGUUACAAGGCUAUAGGUAGGCAGAGAACCAUUUGUAGUCUUCUUUGAAAUUGAGAGUGUAGGCCUCAACCCUUAGGGCAAACAUUACAUGGGGUUGGUCAGGCUUACACGUGAUGAUCAUAUCAUAUGAUGUGUAUUCUCAGUCUGUGAAUAACUGAGACAGACCCUCUUUAGCAUAUCACAUAUACACUCUUAGAAAAAAAGGGUACCAAAAGGGUUCUUUGGCUGUCACCAUAGGAGAAUCCUUUUUGGUUCCAUGUAAAACCCUUUUGUGUUCCAUGUAGAACACUUUGUGGAAAGGGUUGUUCAUGGAACCCAAAAGGGUUAUACCUGGAACCAAAAAGGGCUAUUCAAAGGGUUCUCCUAUGGGGACAGCCAAAUAACCAUUUAAAGUUCUAUAUAGCACCUUUUUUUCUCAGUGUAUAACAUUUGGAAGGGAGAAAGAAGUCCCUGAGGUCAUUAAUUUGCAUCAUCAUCAUCACAGAGAAAAUAGACCAUGCUAGGUUAUCAGCAGCAGCACCAUAUUGUGUGAAGGCGACAAGCCAACUGUUAUGAUGAAGUCAGUGAGUGAGAGGCAGAGACAGGAGAGGAGAUUGGUUUGGGGCGGUGAAAUUGGGCCAGACCGGGAGCUAGCUGUGACGCUUCUGUUUUCCCUCAUCAUCAUCAGCCUCUCUCCCAUCCAGAACCACAGAGUUAAUAUAUUCAAGGUCUCUGCAGAUGUCAAGAUGAGAGGAUUCUCUCACUGCUCUCUAGGCUUUUCAACCUAUUGGUUCUCUUUCUGUGAAGUUAAUUAGGUCUCAUUCAUAAAUGUGCACUUCAAUCUUCUCAUAUAAACCAAUACAGCUGAUUCAUUUUCAGACUUGAUGUAUAGUAAUGUUUGUCAAGUGUUACAUACCGGUACUUGCUAAAAACACUUCCUACAUGUUAAGCUUAUGUUUAUGUAAAUGUUGGUGUUUCAUCUUUUUGACAUAGUUUAUAUAACGACGACAACUCUUUGCCUGUCUGUUCUGCAGGUGAAGCGUUACCAGUGUCUAUACGAGGACUGUACUCGUACCUACAGCACAGCAGGGAACCUGCGCACCCACCAGAAGAGACACAGAGGAGAGUACACAUUUGUCUGCAACCAGUUGGGCUGUGACAAGGCCUUCCUCACCUCCUAUAGUCUGAAGAUCCAUGUCCGCGUUCACACCAACGAGAAACCCUUCGAGUGUGACCAACAGGGCUGUGAGAAGGCCUACAACACACUGUACAGGUAAGUGUUACACCAGUGUUUUCCCUACCAUUGAAAUGCCGGAGAUGAUACUCCAACCUAGCAGUCUUGCCCUCCACAUCUAUUUGGUUAAUAGAUCAUUUCCAGGCCCACAGGCACCAAAAUUAUCAACUGAAGCAAUAGCAGCCAAAUUAUUGUAGGGGAUAGUCUUCCUGCCAUGGGUCAAGACACUUGUCACGCGAUGAUGUUUCAUCAGUCAUGAGUUGUGCACUCUCCUGACCCCCUGAUCUCAAAGUUAAUGAACACACCUUAGUGACCUUUGGUAUGCUGACCCCAAGUCAAGCCACAGCUCACAGUGGCUGUCUGUUGGUGUGCUGAUCUGCAAACAUCAGCCGUGUUUGUUCUAUCUGUUGUGUUUGUGUUGAUGUGCAGGCUGAAAGCCCACCAGAGACUGCACUCAGGGAACACGUUUAACUGCGAGUCGGACGGAUGCACCAAGUACUUCACCACCUUGAGUGACCUGAGGAAACACAUCCGGACACACUCCAAGGAGAGGCCCUUC